CCUGCCCUCCUUCUGUCUCAGUGAUGUGUCUCUGCUGGUGCCGGGGCUCCCAGCUCCUCCUUGGGCAGGAGUGCCACCUCCACAUCUAUGAGCAGAGUGGGGGCGGCUCAGACCUGCCCCAUGGCACCCUGGACCUGGCUGAGCUGGAGAGGAUGAUCACAUGGGGCCUCCGGAGCACCUACUACCAGGUCUGCAAGCUCAUUUGCCUGGAGAACUCACACAGCACCUUGGGGGGACCGGGUCCUCUCCAUCGACUACCUACGCCAGGCAAUAAAUGACUCAGGCCCGGGCAUGGUGGCGUGAGCCACCAGCACUCUGGGAGGCCGAGGCAGGCGGAUCACUUGAG